AGUCGUCGCUCGCUUGUCGAGAGCACUCGACCUUUCAGCGAAGCUACUAUCGACACCGUUCAUCCAAAGUGACGUUUCCGACCGAGUUAGAGAAAGAAAAUAAACAUUCGACGAGCAUGUGAUGUGAAGUUUAAUUUUUGUGGUUAUGUAAACUAUAGUAUAAUUCGAGUGCUACAUAAGUGGAGCAAUGAUUAAGGAAACUUAUCAAGGAUUAAUCUUAAGUUUUGUUUCAAUUUCUUUUUGCUGUCAAUUGACUGAAACUAUGGCCAAAAGCGCAAGUAGGUACAUAGCAUCUUCGUGUCACCAAGAGUUCAGCAGUGACGGUGCAAAACACGGAACGCUUACUUCGCCUCACUACCCACUGGCGUACCCACCAAAUACUCACUGCCACUAUGAGUUUUUCGGAAGGGGGAAGGAAAGAGUCAGAUUGCUUUUUCAUGACUUCUACUUACAUAAGCCAGCAGACGGAUCUCUAGAUUGCGCAAAUGUGGAUUUACUGCAAGCAUUCGUCAACGUAGACGGCAGAUUAGAGAAAGUUGAGACAUUCUGCGGGACUGACCUUCCAAAACCUGUUAUGUCCAAUGGACCCAAGUUAAUGCUGGAAUUUCGUGGGAUUCAUUCGUCAAGACACUCGAGAGGGUUCAAAAUAUCGUAUUCAUUUGUUGAAAACUUUGGUAUUACUACGGGGAGGCAGCUGAAAGAGUUCCCAUGCGCUUUCGUUUACAAUAGCUCCGAAAGUCGAAACGGUACCUUCGCUUCCCCCAACUGGCCCGGACCCUAUCCACGUGACACAGAAUGCACUUAUUUCUUUCACGGAAGUCAGACUGAGAAAGUGCAUUUACACUUUACGAACUUUGGUGUCGAAGGAGUUUUACCAUGUGAAGCCAUAUCGGGGAGUGAUUACGUAGAGUUUUCCAACUACAUGACCGAGGAUAGCAGGUUCGGCCGAUACUGCGGCCAGAUGAAAGAGUUCCACGUGGAGUCCGACAGGGAUUUCUUCAAAGUGACGUUUCGAUCUAACGACCGAUUAGACGGAAUGGGUUUCAAAGCGAUGUAUCAAUUUUUAGAAGUCACCGACGAGUAUCGAGCUCCGCUUCAAGAUAGAGCUUCGUUUUCUGCGAGUAUUCUAGGAGGCCUGAUACUCGUCGCAGCUAUCGCAACACAACUACAUGGGUUAUAUCAUUAAAUAAAGUGAUAUUAGAAUAAUUAUAACUAUUAGUCUAUUAAUCCUGUACAUUUUGUACCAUAGUAAGUGCCGUAUCUACUCUUGUAAUUUAAUGUAGAACUGAAAUAUUUUCUAUAAAAUUAUUUAAGUUUUCGUCUAUUAACAUUACCAACUAAAGCAAUAUAACACAAUAAAGUCUUACUCACGCAGGCACGUCGUAUUAUAAAUAAAAUGUAUGAAAAUUU